UGUGUGAAUGCUCUAAAAUGCUUGAUACCAUUUUGUUUUGUGGCAUGCUUAGAUAUCAUGUUCAUGUACCCUUCAAUUCGUGGCAUGUAAUGAGACUAUCAUCCAAUCUUAGCACCCUAAAGAAAAGAGAUAUAUUGUCUGACUUGUGUCCAUAAUCUUGUCUCACUUUCGUUAACCACCGCCUUGUACUGCUAGCUCAAUGGAGUCAACUAAUGUUACUCGAAAGAGAACAUAUGCAGACUUUUCCUACCGCCAAGUAGUUUCUAGAUUCAAAUUAUUCGAUGACAUUGAAUAUUUGGACUUGGAGAGAUUAUGGAGUGUCGUCGUUAGGGUAGAUGUCAAGUUCCCGGUCUCUCGUCAUCGUGAUAGCCAACACUUUAUUCUCAUGGAUAUCAAUGGGUCCAAGAUAGAAGCAAUUGCAUCAAACAGCAACGUUGAGAGAUUCAACACUUUACUCGCAGAAGGGUGUGUUUAUACCUUGCAUGAAGUAAGAUUCGAUCCUAACUGGGAGGAGGCAGUGCAGUUUCGGAACAUUGGGCAUCAGUAUGAGUGUGUCUUGAACGACCGCACUAGGGUUGAAUCGUAUACCAUGCCUAUUCAAUUUCCACUCUAUCCGAAGCAUCUCACGCCAAUCCAUGAAGUGUACCGACGUCCUAACAAGACGUUUGUUGAUAUAGCCGGAGUUGUUGUGCACUGGUGUAAACUUGAGCACGUUGGUCAUAGUAAACCCUAUAGAGAGGUCAUACUCAUGGACACAAGGUUCAACCUCAUAGUUGUUGGAAUUUGGAGUGAGCUUUUAGAGCGGUAUGCGAUAAGCUUGCAAUCUGCAGGAAAUAAUAAUCAUGUUAUUCUUGGGACCAUGCUAAAAUUGAAUAAAAGACACAGUGAGUGUUUCCUCACAUUUCUUUUUAAAGAUAAAGAAUAUUGA